AUGGCACAUCUUUGCCCUGCCCGAGCUAUUGCCACAUGGAUUGGCACCUCAAAGAUCACACAUGGAUACCUUUUCCCUCAUAUUGAUAAAUCAUGCACUCAUCUAGAACAUUGUCAGAAACCCGACGUGUUUUUGGAGCUUUUUCGAAAUAACUUGUGGGACUUGGGUAUUAGCCCAUAUGUCUAUGGUACGCAUUCAUUUCAAUGUGGAGGUUGUCAGUGGUUGUCAUGCGACCUUCGUUGGUCAAUUCGGCAAAUCUGUGAAUGGGGAGGAUGGAGCUCAGACUUUACACACUUGACAAUUGUCAAGUAUCUUAUCUCAUCAAAUGACAACCCAAUGCUUCGUUGUGAGGACUUUUUCAGACUUGAUUGCCAAGUAGCCAAGUGCUGGACCUGUGGAUGA